AUGACGGCCGCUGCAUUUGCGGCGGCGAAAGUAGCCGAUGGUUCGAACGAUUGGUUCCGGACCCAUGGACGUAGUUCAGCGUCUGAUGAGGACGAAGACGAUGGCGAGGAAGGUGAUGAUGAUGAGACAAAUGCUAUCUCAGAUGGCGAUUCGGGAAAAUCAAGUGGCUUGAUCUCACGUGUACAGCGUUUUUUUGAACGCCUGACUAAAACUGCAGAAAAAGCCAACUUCGAUGGGAAAAAGUCUGACUCCAUUGUUGAUCAAGAUUCAAAGGAGCGUGUCAUCUAUAUGAUCGACUCUUUGAUAGCGCAAACCAGCAUCGUAUUACGCAACGUUAGUCUUCGAGUCGAAUGUCAACUUGGCUUGCCCGGAUUGAAUCGAGCAUCGGGUAUCACUCUGUGUUUUCAGUAUCUGUCACUGAGCAAUCAGUCUGCAGCGGGUCAAAGUUUUACCGGUGGUCAUCGCAAUGAGUCGGAUUCGCGUGGAUUGAAGGAUCACCACUGGAAAUCGGGUAGUCAGGGCGACGCCAGUUCUCACACUAGUCAUGACGGUUGGUCGUGGAUGUGGCCCUGGGGUCAUACACGCAAGCAGUGUAAGCCAACAGUCGCUCGUUAUUAUUUUAUUUUGUGCGUUGUUCGUUUCGGUCUUCAUUUUUAG